AUGGCCCUUCCUCAGGACUACGGAGAAGGGACCAGGAAGACCGUGCCGGCUCUGGUGGAGAGCACAGACUACGAUCUCAGUCCAACUCAGGAACGUGAGCGCACAGUAGAUCCACGUGGCCCGGCCUCCUUUCCUCAGCCAGCUCCUCUCCUGGCACUCAGAGACCCGCCCACUGAGUCAGAUCUCGUGCAGCUGGAGGUGGCAUCUCUACAAACCAGCAUCACCAAGAUGGGAGUCGGGCUGAGGGUGGAGAAUACACUCACGGCAGUGUAUCAAACUGGUGCCAGCGGUUCAAUCUUCUCUCCCCCUGCCCGAGGCAACGGAAAGUCAGGAGUAUUUCAGCAGGUGCUGGGCAGGGCAGACUGUGCCUUUGACCACCUCCUGGAAACCUUUCUCAGGGCAGCCCCAGGGAUGCCUCAGCUGUCCCUUGGUCUACCCACUCUGGGAGAAUCAUCCAUGCCUGCAGCAGGGGGCUGGCCUCCGGCCCCCCAACCUCUUGGUAGUCCCCACCAUGAACAGGAAGCAGUGUCCCCACAGAUCUUCCUGGGAGCUGGAUGCGCUGUCCUCUUCUCCAGCUUCCUCCUGGGCUGUGGAUUCUGUUGGCUCUGGAGACAACGGUGGGCCAAACUUCCCACCCCAGCCACGGCUGUGGCCCUGGAAGCUGUGGUCCCUACAGAGCCCCUGGCUGUGUCUGUCCAGCCUCAAUAUCAGUCCCUCCAGGCCUGGGAGCCCCCUUCCCAGAGUCCCAUGGCCCAGGUCUCUUCCUCUCUACACCCCCCUGAGCCUCCUAAUUUCCCGUCCCCAUUAAAGAGGAGGCAGAGAAAGACCAUCGCCAGAGCCAGUUCCCUGGGGUGGCUCAGUUCUCCCUUGGCCUCUCGCAGCCUCCUUGGUCACCCCCAACCUCAUCUCAGCUUCUCCCUGGGCUAUUCACCAGUGGAGGAGGAACUGACCGUGACAUCCAUCCGAGUGUCAAAGCUAUCCCAGGCUUUCCUGCCUGGCAGGGGAUCCUAUGUCAAGCUGCGCCUGGUCCCAAGCAGGACUGGGCACCAAAAAACAGCCCUGCAGCCUCCCGGCCCCACCAUGGAGUUCUGUGAGAGGUUCUGCUUCCAAGGCUGCACCCCAGAGGUUGUGAGGGUCCUGGCUCUGCGGAUGUCUGUCUACAGCCGGGACUUCCCCGGCCUCAAAAACAGCUUUGUGGGUGAAGUGCUCUUUCCCUGUGCCCAGGUGGCCUCCGAUUCUAUCUUGGGCUGCCUGGUCAGCUACACCCGGGAGCUGUCCACCACCAGGAGCAAACUGCAGAAGAGCCUCAGCUCCCAGGACCUGCUCAGGACUCCCUGGAUGAGGUCCCAGGGCCAGCUCUUCCUCCUUCUUCAGUAUCAGGCUACUGCCAAUCGCAUCAAGGUGCUGGUUCGCAAGGCGGAGAAUUUGUGCAACCUGGGUCGACUACCAGGACACCGGGAGCACUCCGUGGUGAUCAACCUGUACCGGGCUGGCCAGCUGCUGGACUCCAGGGAGACUCGGGCUGUGGUGGGAUGCAGCCCAGUGUGGAAUGCUCCCUUCCUCUUCAGCCUCCCCGCUGGAGGCCUCCAUGAGCAGAAUCUCUUCCUGCAGUUCACUGUCACGCAGAGCCAUCUGCUAACCCGAACUCUCCCCUUGGGUUGGGUCCGAAUCGGUCCAGAAGCCCCAGCAGCUGGGCGUGCACAUUGGUGGGACAUGUGCCAGCAUAGCCCCCGGGAAUCUGCCCAGUGGCACCCCCUCUGCCCAGGCAAGCCGGACCCCCGGGCAGCAGCCUCUGGAUCUGGGGCAAGAAACAGUUGA